AUUCAAUUAUUAAGGAGCUAUGAAGAAAUAAUAUGAAUAGUUGUGUAUGAGCAAAAACCAUAAUUAUGUUAAUAAACAAUAUUGAAAUUUGUUCAUAUGAUUAAUAGUUAAAAAUCUAAUAAAUAGUAAUAAAUCAUGGAUUAUGAUUACAUGUCAUUUCAUAGAGAAAAAGAUGUUCAUAACAAAUGCUAUGGUGGAAGAUUAUGGUGUAUAAAAGAUAUAUGUGGAAUUAUAUGUGCAAUUUUAACAUGGUUAUUAAUAAUUUAUGCAGAGUUUGUAGUAAUGGCAGUUAUUCUUAUUCCUACAAUAAAUACCUUAUAUUCUAGUUUAAAUACUGCAAUAUUUCAGUCAUUAGCUUUUUUAGCAUUUGCAUCUCAUUUAAAGACAAUGUUUACAGAUCCUGGUGCUGUUCUAAAAGGAAAUGCUACAAAGGAAAUGAUAGAACAAAUGGGAUUUAGAGAUGGACAAGUUAUUUUUAAAUGUCCUAAAUGUUGUUCUAUUAAACCUGAUAGGGCACAUCAUUGUUCUGUUUGCCAAAGAUGUAUUAGAAAAAUGGACCAUCAUUGUCCAUGGGUUAAUAAUUGUGUUGGAGAAAAUAAUCAAAAAUAUUUUGUACUUUUUACUUUCUAUAUAGCAGGAAUGUCAUUACAUUCUUUAUUCUUAUGUAUACAACAAUUUGCUACAUGUGUAAGACAGGAAUGGAAAGAAUGUUCUACAUUUAGUCCACCUGCAACAGUGGUAUUAUUACUUUUUUUGGCUUUUGAAGCCCUUCUAUUUGCCAUUUUUACAGUUGUAAUGUUAGGAACACAAUUACAAGCAAUUUGGAAUGAUGAAACUGGUAUUGAACAACUUAAAAAAGAAGAAGCCAGGUGGGUUCGUAAUAGUAGAUGGAAAUCUAUUCAAGCUGUAUUUGGAAGAUUUUCCAUUGCUUGGUUUUCGCCGUUUACUUCUCCUCCAAAAGGAAAAACAAAGCAAGAUUCUUAUUUAUAUUCCGUAUAAUAUGUAUUACGGUUUAUGGUUGAUUCCCAGGGAUAUUUAAUAUUUUUAAAUAUAAAAUAAUUAUGACGUAUCAUGUACAAGUGAAUAGAAUGUUUGUAAUCUUAUAUUGUUACCUAACGUUCUUAUUUUAUUGCGACCAUUUUUUAAAGAUACUUAUAACGUACUACAUUAUAUGUAGUACAUAUAUAUUAUAGUUAAAGUAUGUAAAUUUAUAAGCAUACGAUAUAGUAUGUUUCUUGUAAAGCUUUUUGUGCUAAAAUAUUGAAAUUAUUGUACUGCGGUAAUGACAACGCUAAGCUGAUUUUUAUCUAUGAUAAUAUCAACACUACUCGUAAACUGAAAUUUGUUUAUUGUAUUAAUAUACAAUUACACGUUAUAUCAUAGAAAUUAAUAUACAAUGAAACUAUGCGAAUAUUAUAUGUGAAUGAAUAUACGUACAUGACAUUAGUUUAUUCGCGAAUUUUAAAAAAUUCAAAGAGUUAAUGAAACUGAUUUUUUGCACUGUAUUAAAGAAUAUACAUAUAUAUUGCACAUUGUGAUAAUAGCGUAAUAUAUUUACGAACGAUUUAGUUUGUUUUUUUUUUUAAAUUUAAUAUAUUAAUUAUCAACUUACAAUGUUUCGAUCAAAUUUGGUGAUUUGUAACAGUAAUAACUGUUUAUAAGAUAUAUUUUUUUUUAAAUUUAAGCAUAUCAUAAUUAAUUACAUUUUCUUAUUCUUCAAUAUUGUAUUCCUACGACGAUACCUGAUUUUUUGUACACUUUGUACAAAUACACUUUUUUACAUUUA